AAAAACUUUUCAGUGGAAAGCACACAACACAAACAAAUAACAUUACAAUUCCCGAUUGUUUUUGGCAAUUCAAAGCUAUUCCCAUUACCAUUCCCACUCACUCACAGCUGGCCUAUUUCUUAAUCUCUUCAGGCCCGCGCCACCGUCCACUUAUACAUAGAGGAUUACCGUAAUUAAAUGUUGUUUUUGAGGAUGAAAACAACUAAUAGCGUACUCAUGUUAUCGUUAGCUUUGGUGAUUGUAUUGCUUCUUCUUGAUGGUGGUUGUAUUUUGGUUGAGGGAACAAUAAACAGAACAAGUUUUCCAAACGGUUUUGUUUUUGGAACCGCUUCUUCUGCUUACCAGUAUGAAGGAGCUGUGAAGGAUGAUGGAAGGGGUCCGGCUAUUUGGGACAAGUUUGCCCAUACAUUUGGUAAAGUGACUGAUUUUAGUAAUGCUGAUGUUGCAGUUGAUCAAUACCAUUUAUACGAGGAUGACAUAAAAUUGAUGAAGGAUAUGGGCAUGGAUGCUUAUAGGUUUUCAAUCUCAUGGACAAGAAUUUUCCCAAAUGGUACGGGUUAUAUCAACCAGGCUGGAGUUGAUCACUACAACGCCCUUAUCAAUUCGUUAUUAGCAUAUGGGAUCGAACCAUACGUGACCCUCUACCAUUGGGACCUUCCUCAAGCACUGGCUGACAGAUACAAUGGAUGGCUUGACACCCGAAUCAUAAAUGAUUUUGCGACAUAUGCUGACACAUGUUUUGAGAAAUUUGGUGAUCGGGUGAAAAACUGGAUGACAUUUAACGAACCACAUACUUUUACUGUACAAGGAUAUGAUGUGGGGCUUCAAGCACCUGGGCGUUGCUCGAUACUCCUUAAAUUGUUUUGCAGAGCCGGUAACUCAGCCACUGAACCUUACAUUGUUGGUCAUAACGUUCUUCUUUCGCACGCAGCCACCGUUGAUAUCUACAAAAGAAAGUACAAGGCAAAACAACAUGGGCGAAUAGGGGUUGCAUUUGAUGUCAUAUGGUAUGUGCCUGGUACAAACAAAACCGAGGAUAUUGAAGCGACUCAACGAGCACAAGAUUUUCAAUUGGGAUGGUUUCUUGAUCCUAUCAUGUUCGGAGAUUACCCAAGCUCAAUGAGGACAAGAGUAGGAGACAGGUUACCAAAAUUUUCUAAAGUUCAGUCGGCCCUUCUCAAAGGGUCGAUUGAUUUUGUUGGAAUUAAUCACUAUACUACGUGGUAUGCUUGGCAUAACUCGACUAGUAUCAUUGGAGUUUUGCUGAAUGACUCUGUAGCAGAUUCUGGUUCCAUUACCCUUCCAUUUAAAGACGGAAAAGCCAUUGGUGAUCGGGCGAAUUCCAUAUGGUUAUACAUAGUGCCAGGAGGGUUUAGAAGUUUAUUGAAUUAUGUCAAGAACAAAUAUGGGAAUCCUCUAGUGAUUAUCACUGAAAAUGGGAUGGAUGACCCAAACAACGUGUUUAUCUCUCGUAACGAUGCACUAAAGGAUGCGAAGAGGGUCAAGUACUAUAACGACUAUCUCACGAACGUGCAAGCUGCCAUAAAAGAGGACGGGUGCAAUGUGAAGGGAUAUUUUGCAUGGUCGUUGUUGGAUAACUGGGAAUGGGCUGCAGGAUACAGCUCAAGAUUCGGGUUGUAUUUUGUUGAUUAUAACGACAAGCUUAAAAGAUACGCAAAGGACUCUGCUGUUUGGUUCAAGAAUUUCUUGACCACGAGAUAGAAGAUUAAGAUACUUUUUAAUCAUUUUCUGGUAUCGUUUUCAUUAUACGUAGAUGUGACCAGAAAAUGAAAAGGAAAAGACGACGUAAUUAAUUAUUUUUUCUUCGUUGUAUACAAGUUCGAAAAGCAAACAUAUACCCAUUUUCUACAUAUUGUGAUUGAUGGAAGAAGUGUAGUGAUUGUAAA